GGACCCCAUCCUCGUUGCCCGUGUUAAAUGCGUCCGCGGGAAUAAGAGGCAGGACGCGGCAGGAAAAGGAGUGCCACCUGAUGAAAUAUGAGUAUCCCGAUCGGAUCCCCAAUGGGCUCAACCUCACUUUUGCCAUCGUCGAAACCGCGUACGAGGGCGAGUACACCUGCGUGGCGAGUUACCGGGAGAAUGGGCGGGAUUUCUCCCUGACACGGACGAUGAGAGUCAAGGUCGUUGAAUCACCCGAAAAAUCAACGCCUCCUGUGAUCAUUUCCCCAACAAAGUGGAUCACCUAUGAACUCAAGCCAGGUGAACAACUUUUUCUCCAUUGUGAGGUCACUUUCACGUUCCUGAAGGACUCUCCGCAGGAGGUCUGGUGGGCCAUUGAUGGAAGACACUCAGAUGACAUCACCGACUUCAAGUUCAAUGUGUCCACCACGGAGACCCCCUUAUCGAUCGGAGGGACCAAGAUCGAAAAGACGCUGAUCGCGCCCCGUGUAACGGAGAAGGACUUGAAACGCAAUUUCACCUGCUUCGCCCAGAACAACCGAGGCAUCGUGCACGCCCAGGCGGUCGUGAGGAUGAAACCCCCAGUUUUGAGAUACACUGUGGAGCUCGCCUGUGGUCUGGGGGCCACUGUGAUGCUGGUGGUCCUCCUGACGGUCAUUUACCACUUCUACUGGCUGGAAAUGGUCCUCUUCUACCGUGCUCACUUUGGGACCGACGAAACCGUCCUCGAUGGGAAGGAAUACGACAUUUACGUCUCCUACGCCCGGAACACGGAAGAAGAGGACUUCGUGCUGUUGACCCUUCGGGGCGUCUUGGAGAACGAAUACGGCUACAAGCUGUGCAUUUUCGACCGAGACAGUCUGCCCGGGGGGAACGUCACCGAGGCCAUCUUUGACUUCAUCCAGAAAAGCCGGAAGAUGCUGGUGGUCCUGAGCCCCGAAUAUCUUCUGGAGAAGAGCAUCAGCCUUCUGGAGUUUAAACUGGGCCUCCUUUGCCAGAACAACAUUGCCACCAAGCUGGUGGUGGUGGAGUACCAGCCUCUGCCCCGCGCCCACCCCAGCGUCCAGCAGCUGAAGGAAUCCGUGGCUUUCGUGGUCUGGAAAGGGGAGAAGUCCAAGCCCCUGGGAUCCAAGUUCUGGAAAGCCUUACGCCUGGCCUUGCCCCUCCAGAGCCUCGGCACCUGCGGCCACGCCGUCUGGAACGAAAGCAGCUCCUCGCAUUCGGACACCAGCUUGGACCAAGCUCAGAAGAAGAGGAGCAGGUUGAAAGGCCCAACGCUCAAGGCCAAGGCCGUCCCCGUCCGAAGAGGUCCGGCCUCCUUGCCCAGAAGGAAGACCAAGCCACAACCAGCCAAGCCCUUCCUGGCUUGCCGCUGUUGCGUGGCCUCCUCCAACGAGAAGCGCCAACCCAAGAGUCCCGGCCAAGCCCCGGCUAAGCCCAUGCAAGAGAUGCCAUGCCAGAGGCCGCUCCUGGGAGACACCAUGGUAGGCCACCUCCAGAAGAACGGGAAGAAGCCCCCUUUGGAGUCCCAGGGGGCAGCCCUGGGCCUCCAGCAGUUUGCGGACGUGUCCAACAACAAUGACUUCUACGUCCUUUAA